UUCCCUCCUGCGCCGUGCACCGUUUGCGAUAAAAGCACACGGAUCGAGGAGCCGGGAAUAUUAUUAUUCUUUUUUGUUUGUUUAUUGUACUCUUGUUAGAUUAAAAAAAAAAAAAAAAAAAAGUCUCGUGUAAUUUCACUUUGACGAAAAGCAACUGCAAAGUUCGAGAUCCGGCGAAGAAUCGUGAGAAAGCGGCAGAGGCGAGGUUCGCCCUGUCUCGUAGAAUCGAGAUUAAUAGGAGGAGGGAGCGUGGGGAGUCGGAGAAGAAUAAGAAGAAGAUAUAUGGUGGUGCGGGGGUCGAUUUGCGAGCGGUGCCAUUAUCGCGGACGGGAUUGAUGCUGCGGAAGUGACGGUCCAGCCUGUGUGGUUUUUUUUUUUUUUUCAUUCUUCAUCGCUGCUAUCGAGACAGCCCCUUCGUUACACGGAUCUAAAGUGCUAAAGCGGGCAGUGGUGAAGUGCACGUGUGUAUAUAUAAUAUAACAGUGAUACGCUUACUGACACAGGCGUAAUAUACAAGAGAGAAGAAGGGGCAAGCAAAAAAACGGCAAGAUUAUCGUGCACGCGAGUUGUGAUGGUGCCCUUGUAACACCACGGACGCAUAAUGGAUUUAUUGUCCGUCUCCUCCUCCUCCUUCCCUGCAGUGAGUUGCUGCCGGCGUUGUAACUGCUCUUUCUUCGGCUGGCGUUGAUUCGCUCGUUACGCACUCGAUGUACCCAGAGAGAGUCCACAUACGAGGAGCAAUCAAGGGAAGAUUACGAGUAUACCCGAGCACUGCAGUCUGCUGUUAGCGAAUCGUCGCAUCAAGAGAGAAAGAGAGUGACACGCACACACGAAGCCGUUGAAGAGAGCCAAGAGAGAGAGAAAGAGAGAGAAAGAUAUGAGGGAAUGAGAGAAAGCAAUUGAAAUGAGGCCGAGAUCGUGCUGCUGGUUGUUGUUUUUCGUACUCUGUCUGGUAGUCGGGCUGCCCGCGAGCCCGGUCCACUCAUCGCCGUUCGCCUCUGACGAAGCGAUCGAGGAUGUCGGCUCGGAGGACGAGGACGCGUACCCAGAGGAGGAUGAGGUGCCCUCGGGGACGAUAGCCACGGACACGGAGUUCAUAUCCGCGGGUGGCGGCAACUUGCCCGUCUUCCUCACCGAGCCCCUCAGCUCCUACGUUAUCAAGAACAAGCCGACGACCCUCCACUGCAAGGCCGCCUACGCCCUCCAGGUGUUCUUCCGGUGCAACAACCAGCGGAUCAAGGACAUCUUCCAGCAGGACUUUGUCGACCCGCACACCGGCACCAGGAUCGUCGAGAGCGAGCUCAACAUCACGCGCAACCAGAUCGAGGAGUACUUCAUCAAGGAGAAGUUCAAGUGCGAGUGCGUAGCUUGGUCGAGCUCCGGACAGAUAAACAGCCAGCCGGCUGUCAUCGAGGUUGCAUAUUUGAAGAAACAAUUCGAGUCGCCGCCUUACUCGGUCUCGGUGGAGGCGGGUCACAGCACCGAGCUGAGAUGCCUGCCGCCGAUAGGGCUGCCCCAGCCCCGAGUCUACUGGCUGAGGAACGGCGUGGCUCUCGAUGCCGAGAACCAGGACAGCUCGUUGCUCGUGUCCAGCGAGGGACACCUGCUCGUUGGACAGGCCAAGCUGGCCCACCAGGCCAACUAUACCUGCGUCGCGGAGAACAUUGCCGCGAAGAGGCUCAGCGAACCGGCCAGCAUUACCGUCUAUGUUAACGGCGGCUGGUCUUCGUGGUCGGCGUGGUCGGAGUGCCACGCGCGCUGCGCCAAAGGCGGACAGAAGCGGACGCGCAGCUGCACCAACCCGGCGCCCAUGAACGGGGGCCAGCCGUGCCUUGGACCAGCGCAGCAGAAACAAGACUGCAACACGAACUGCCAACCUGUGGUCGACGGCGGCUGGUCCAGAUGGUCGGCCUGGUCGGUGUGCGGCAGCGACUGUACCCACAGCAGGCGAAGGAGCUGCGACGAGCCGGCGCCCAGUCAAACCGGCCGGCCCUGCCCCGGCAAGGACGUGGCCGUGGCCAACUGCACCGGCGGCAUGUGCAAUGUGGACAGCGCCAAAAUCGGAGGGACGCACCUAACCGAGGAGGCGAGCCGUCAGAUGGACGUGGCGCUCUACGUUGGGCUGACGGUCGCGUGUCUCCUGAUCGGUGGCAUGGGCUUCUUCCUCGCGAGGAUAUUCCAGCGCAAGGGCCGCGACCAUUCCCUCUACUCGAUGGCCCGGAGUGAGUUCCAGCCCGAGUUCUACCCGGACCAGGAAAAGAAGCUCAGCCUCCAGCCGGACGUGACCGCGACGAUAGUGCCCGCGUGCUACGAGUACCCCUUCGACCCGAAGCUCUCGAUGUCCCGGUCGCUGUCCGAGCACCACUACGACGUGCCCCACCUGUCCCUGCACUCGGGGCCCCAGUCGUCGUCGGUGGUACCAUCGACCAUGUCCCCGACCCCGAGCACCUCGACCCAGGAGUCCUGCAGUAGCGACAAGCAGAUGCUCUCGGGCAGCGAGAACAGCCUCUCGAGUUCCUACCCGUCGACCGAGUCGACCUACAACGUGGCCACGGGCAACGUCCGGCUGCCCGCCCUCGAGGCCGGCAACGUCGCCAGGGCCCACGUCAACAGCAAGGGCGCCCUCCUCGUCCUCCCCGAUGCCGGCAUAUCCAUGUCCGUGCCCGAGGGAGCAGUGCCCAAGCCCGGCCGCGCCGAACUCCAUCUGGCCGUGCUCACCGAGGACCGAUUCCGGCCCCAGCUGCCAGAAGGAACAACCCAGCUGUCGGCAGUGGUAAGCUGCGGGCCGCCAAAGACGAGCUUCGCCAAGCCGGUGAUCCUGCAGUUCGAGCACUGCGCGAUGCUCCAGCCCCAGGCAAGCUGGGAGCUGAGCGUCUGGUGCUGCGACGGCAUCGAGCUCGACGAGCCCACCAAGGACGCCGCCAACCAGGCCAGGUGCAGCCCACCCCACCAGCCCCCGCCUACCUGGACGAAACUCCUGACCCUCGGCAACGAGACCAUAAACACGCCCCUGUUCACCCAGGUCGACCACGCGGAGGUGUUCCUCGUGACCGAGCAGCUCAAGGCUUACGCGCUGUGCGGCAAGAGCGGCGACAACUCGAUGGCCUCGAAGCGCCUACGGCUCGCCGUAUACGCGAGCCAGAGCCUCGGCAACGUCAACAACAACGGCGUCGUGGCUUGCAGCUGCUGCUGCCUGCGCGUCUACGCGGUCGAGGACACCAAGGCGGCGAGCAAGGCCCUGGCGGAGCGGGAGGCCCAGCUACGCGGCUGCCUGCUCGACAAGCCCCGCAGCCUCGCCCUCGAGGACAACGGCGAGGCACUGUGCUUCAGCCUCGAGGAGGUGGGCAACGAGUGGCAGAACAAGUCGCCCACGGUGCGCCAGGAGCUGGGCUUCUCCGAGCUCUGGGCGGGCAGGGAGGGCCUCAGGCGCGUCAGCUUCGAGCUGGACAGCGCAACGACGACGCGCACGUACAAGCUGCAGGUGUGCCAGGGCAACGGGGACGCCCCGAGGCAGGUGUUUCGGAUCAUCUACGACGGGGCGAAGCAGCUCAUAUCCUCGGGCAGCGUGACCAGGCCGUUGAGGGAGGUCACGGUCGUGAGCAGCGUUACGACCACGAACGCGUUGCACGGGGGUGGCGGAGGUAACUCGGGGACGGACUCGCGGCCGUUGCGGCCGUUCCGGUUCACGCGCUCGUUAAGGAGGCAGCUGUGCCAGUGCCUCGACCCGCCAAACUCGCUCGGCAACGACUGGAGGAUGCUCGCGCAGAUGCUGCGCGUUGAUCGAUACAUCAAUUACUUCGCAACGAAGGCCAGCCCGACCGAGCACAUCCUGGACCUGUGGGAGGCGAGGCACCGCGAGCCGACGGCCGUGACCGAUCUCUUGAAUCACUUGAGGGUCAUGGGAAGGACCGACGCGGCGACCAUCCUCGAGGCCCAACUGGGGCCCUGGCUCUGAAGCGUCCGACAAAAUGAUUCCUCGAGCCACCACCGUCACUCGCAUCGAUCUGCGAUCAACGAGGAUGGGGGCGGCGGUGACAAGUGCGGCCAAAAGGAGGACGGCUUCGCGCGUUGUCU